UCCAUAUAAGUUGAGUUGGUGGAGUUUGAGUUGUAGAACUGCAGAAGAGACAAAAGGCGACUGAAAAUGGAGCAUCCAUAUGUGCCCAGGGAUCUGCAACUGCCUGGAUAUGUUCCCGUCUCCCUUUCUCAGUCCACCAUUCUUACCGUCUAUGGUCUCUCUUCCCUGCUCGUCGUCUCCCUUGUUUGGUUCCUCUCUGGGCGAUCGCGCAGCAUAUCUAAACUUGAUAGAUUGUUGAUGUGCUGGUGGGCUUUCACGGGACUUACACACAUAAUUCUUGAAGGAUAUUUUGCAUUCUCCCCUGAAUUCUAUAAAGACAAGACUGGAUUUUAUCUGGCUGAAGUUUGGAAGGAAUAUAGCAAAGGUGAUUCAAGAUAUGCAGGAAGAGACUCAGCAAUUGUUGCUGUUGAAGGAAUGACAUCAGUUCUUGAAGGUCCACCUUGCCUUCUAGCAGUGUAUGCUAUUGCCAAAGGAAAAGGAUAUAGCUACAUACUCCAAUUUGCCAUCUCUCUGGGACAGUUAUAUGGUACAUUUGUAUAUUUCAUAACAGCUUACUUGGAGGGUGAUAACUUUUCUGCAAGCCCAUUUUAUUACUAUGCAUACUAUGUUUUGGCAAAUUCAUUUUGGCUUUUGAUACCUUCGCUCAUUGCUAUCCGGUGUUGGAAGAAAAUUUCUUCGGCUGUGCAGAGCCAAAGCCAGAAGAAGAACAAGAUUAGGUGAUGUAGACUGCAAAAGGAUAUCUUUGUUUAGCACUUGUGGACCAUCUUGAAAUAAUUUAGGCAUUCCAGUUAGAAAAAGAUGACAUUUUCAGUCUUCAAUGAAUAAUGUUAAUUGAUUUUUAAUAGACUACAAACAUAAUCAAUCUUCUUGAAACUCUGCUUCUAUAUGCUUCAUGCUGUGGAACUGUGUGAAGUUUGAUAUGAGAAAGCUAAGCUUGUUCUUUGUAGCAAAGCAUAGCAAGCUAUGUUCAUUGAUCUUUUUCCUACUCUUCCCUUAUUAGAAUCAAUUUGUCAUUUGGAUC